AUGGCCGAAGAAGCAGACCUCGCCGCCCUCUGCACCGUCUGCCGCGCCGAGCCCCCGCGCUACAAGUGCCCCCGCUGCGGCGCCCGCACCUGCUCCCUCGCCUGCGUCCGCCGCCACAAGUCCUGGGCCCAGUGCUCCGGCAUCCGCGACGUGACGGCCUACGUGCCCCGCGAGCGCCUGCGCACCCCGGCCGGCAUCGACCACGACUACAACUUCCUGUCGGGCAUCGAGCGCGCGCGCCGCCGCGUCGAGCGCGAGGUCGUCGAGGAGCGCGGCCUGCUGCGCGAGCGCGACCUGCAGUUCUCCUCCUCGUCCUCCGCCCGGGGGGACGCCGGCAGGAGGCCCGACCGGAGGUUCCGCGAGGAGUGGCACGGCGACGAGCUGCGCUUCGUGCCCAACAACCCGAGGGCUGGGCCCGGCAGCAGGUAUGGAGCGCCGGGCGCGGCCGACGAGGACGACGCGGCUGCAGGCGGGGAGCUGUCCGUGGCCAAGCGCAAGGUUCGGACGACGUGCCGGCGCAUGGGCAUCGAGCUGCUCAGCGUGCCCAAGGGGCUCUCCAGGCACAGAGAGAACCUGACGGCGUGGAACAAGCGGACGGGGCGGCUGAACUGGCAGAUCGAGUGGCUCGUUUACGAGGAUGGCUCGGACCGCAGGGCGACGCGGAUCCUGCGGAAAGCCCUCGACGAGGAGCCGAUCUAUAGAGCCUUUGCGGCCACGAUGGAAUGGGUGCUCAAGACUCAAGGAUCGGGCGGGUCAGCCUUGGAUGGCCACGACGAGGAAGACGAGCUCCCGAGGAAGAAGAGGAAGCGGCCGCACAGCCAGAUAGAUGCGACUGCGCAGAGCACGUCGUCGAGUACAUGGUCCCAGACUGCGUUUCCUACGCAGAACCCCAUCACGGGGGGGUGGGAGCAGGAGAGCGGAUACGAAAUCACCGCCUGGGCGAGGGACGUCAAGUUCCAGGAGAAGAAGGCGAUGCAGUUCUUCCUGCUGAGGCCCAAGACGAGCCCCAGGGAGCUCAUACUCGUCGACGCCACCGACUCCCUCUCCGCCAUCCUGCCGGGCCGCGCGGUCCUCGAGUUCCCCACCGUCUUCGUCCUGCUCCCCGGCGCCGAGCUGCCGCCGGGCCACAUCCUGGGCUCUACCGAGCGCAAAGAGCUCCGUCUCGACGACCAGGACCACGAGCUCGACGAGCCCAACAGCCGCAGUGGCGGCACCAACAGGAGAGAAUUCCCUGGCCACCGCGGAGGCCGUGGCGGAGCUCGAGGAAGAGGGCGCGGCCGAGGCGGAAGGUACGAGAUCGCGGACCGGGCUUCAGCGUCCAAGAGGAGAAAGAUCAUCAAUCAGGAUGGCGAAGCUCAUAGUGAGAAGCAAGUUGCAGAUGACACGACGAGUAGUGAGGAGAGCAGCUCCGAAGCGGAAGAAGACGACAACAGCAGCGACAGCGGCAGUGUGAGUGGCAUGGAUCAAGACGACCAAGAGCUGGAGGCAGAGCCAGAGGCAGGGCCGCAAGCAGAGCCAGUAGGGAAACGUGGGCUUGUCGCGUAUGGCUCAUCAUCCGAGGACGAGGACUGA